CCUACUUGUAGUUUUACAUCAAUUUAUUUUGUGGUCAUACUUAGUAGGAGAAAUACUAUGUAUUUUUUAAAACAUAUAAAACAACAUUUGGUAGGUAAGCAUAUAUAAAGGAAAGUUUGACCUACAGAAAACAGUAUUCCUUAAGGUUUCAAUACUGUCAUCGUGCGUAUAUAAUAUAGGUAUGGUGUUGAUCAAGUAUUCAAGUAAAUUUAUUCAACACUCUUCUGUACUUAUUUAGUCAUGGAAAUAAUUUUUAAAAUAUUCGUAUAUUUUCUACUAUUUACGACAUCAAUAUUUGCACAAUUAUUCCAGUCAAUUUAUUCGCCGUUUCAGCAACAAGGAAUUCCUUUCAGGGAAAACAAUCUUUUAGGUAAUCGGCUUAUAUUACGUGAGUAUGAUUUCAUUGUCAUUGGAGCUGGUACUGGAGGCUGUGUAGUCGCAAAUCGUCUAUCCGAAAAUCCAAAUUGGUUAGUAUUAGUACUAGAAGCAGGAAAGGACGAAACUCUGUACACAGAUAUACCAGCAGUAGCAUCAUUUUUAGAAUCAUCGGAGUACAGUUGGGGAUACACUGCGGAGCCGGUUAAAAACGGUUGUUUUGGAUUUAAAAAUAACCGUUGUCCGUGGCCUAAAGGAAAAGGCAUGGGUGGAUCAUCAAUAAUUAACGAUAUGUAUUACCAGAGAGGGAAAAAAGAAGAUUAUGAUAUAAUUGAGAAAUUUGGAAAUGAUGGUUGGGCUUACAAUGAUGUAUUGCCUUAUUUUUUAAAAUCUGAAAACAAUUCUAUACCAGAAUAUCAAAACUCACAGUUUCAUUCACAAAAAGGAAAUCUACAUGUGGAACGAGUUAGAUAUCAUUCACCACUUGUUGAUAAAUUUAUAGAAGCUGGCGGAGAAUUAGGAUUAAAAAGAAAUAUUGAUUAUACCAUUGACCCAGAGUACGGAUCAUCUCGUUUACAAGCCACAACAAUAAAUGGACGCAGAGUAAGCGCAUCGAAAGCCUUUAUCCGACCAGUCAAAGAUCGUCAAAACCUUCAUGUGGCAAUAUUUAGCCAAGUAACAAAAAUACUUAUCGAUCCAAAAACUAAAUUAGCAUUUGGAGUAGAAUUUAUAAAAAAAGAAAAAAAAAGAACUGUAUAUGCUAAAAAAGAAAUUAUUUUGUCUGCUGGCCCAAUAAAUUCACCACAAUUGCUAAUGUUAUCAGGAAUUGGACCAAAAGACCACUUAAAAAAUCAUAAAAUACCAGUAAUUCAAGAUUUACAGGUGGGACAACAUUUACAAGAUCACUAUGGAACAGUUGCUUUGGAGUUCAUAAUUAAUCAAACAAGCCCAGUAAUCAACCAACAAACCACAUCAGAUCCGCAUUUAUUUGAAGAAUGGUUUAAGUAUGGUCAAGGACCACUUACAGUACCAAGAGGAGUGGAUGGCUUAGCUUAUAUAAGGGCACCAUCGGGUAGAGGACUCGAAUUAAUUUUUGGUCCUCUAUCUGAUAAACCAAAUGUGUUUAUCAUGGCCACUGUGCUGUUACAACCAGAUGCUCGUGGAAGUGUAACUUUGAAAAACAAUAAUCCACUGGAUCCACCUAUUAUGUCUUAUGGUUAUUAUGACAGCAACACUGAUUUAGAAGACAAUAUAUAUGCUCUUAAGUAUUUAGUCAAGAUGGUAGAAGAAACACAGGCGUUUAAAGAUGUCACAGCUAAACUGAAUCCUGUACCGUAUCCGAAAUGUAAUAGUUUACCAUUCCGAUCUGAUGAUUAUUGGGCUUGUUUAUCAAAACAUUUGACACACACUUAUCAUCACCAAUGUGGUACAUGCCGUAUGGGAGACGUUGUCAAUAGUAAAUUACAAGUAUUAGGUGUGCGAGGACUAAGAGUAGUGGAUUCAUCAAUAUUUCCACAAAUUCCCCAUGCGCAUCUUUAUGCUCCAACAUUAAUGGUUGGUGAAAAGGGAGCAGAUAUGAUUCGAAAUUAUUGGUCAAAGUAAUUUUUUGAGCAGUAUUUUAUUAAUCCUAAAAUAUAAUAACUGAUAUACAUAUAAAAGUUUAGUUUCUUCUAUAAUGUAUACUUUUAAACAUAUGGUUUUAUUGAUUUUAUAGGUAUUUUAAAUUUUUAUCCACUUUAAAAAUACCUAUAAAAUCAAUAAAACCAUAUGUUUAAAAGUAUCAAUGUUACUGAAAAUGUAAUUCUAUGCUAUUGUUUUUUUAAUAUUGUAAAUAUAUUGAACAUAGUACAUUCAUUAAGUAUAGAGAAUAUAAUUUACUACAUUUUGUAAAAAAUGAAAGGCUGUUCAUACAAUGUCCGGUUAAAUGUCGAUUGUCUAUUCGGUAGAAUUCUAUUGGUUAACUCAUAAUAAAUUCUGCCAGUUAGCGUUAUCAGACACUAACCAAACAUAUUAAAAACAGCCCUAAGUUACAUAUAAAAAGUUUCUAUACAUGUAAAUUGUACAAUAUUGAUAUUUUUUAGGUGUACUUAUAACCU